AUGCAAAUCCUGAACAACAACUCAACUUUCUCUGCUCAGGCAAAUAUGGCAGGAUCUCUUCAGUGGCGGAGACAUGGUGGCAAAAAGCUUAUUGUAGUCUCUUUAGCUGUUGCUGAAAUAAAGUCAAGACAUCGUGACACUAAUAUUGAUGUUGCCUUGUGGCAUAAAAGAUUAGGCCAUGUAUCCAAUAUAAUUCUUAGAAAACUAUUUUCUGCCAAACUAGCUAGUAUUACUGAUACUAUCAAUAAAUGUAGUGUAUGCCCAUGUGCUAAGCAAACCGAGUUGCCAUUACUUUCUAGCUAUAUUAAAACUACUGUUGCAUUUGAUCUAAUACAUCUUGAUGUUUGGGGUCCAUAUAAAUCUGUAGCUUUUGAUGGUAAUAAGUAUUUUCUGACAGUUAUUGAUGAUUUCACUAGGAUGACUUGGUCAUUUCUUCUGAAGCUCAAAUUUGAUGUGUGUGUUGUGCUUGCUCAACUUGUUGUAUUUUUUCCAACUCAGUUUAACAAAACAAUGAAAGCAAUCAGGUCUGAUAAUGGUUCUGAGUUUGUCAACUCUACCCUAUACAACAUCAAUAGGAUGCCAUCUUCUGUUCUUCAUGGUCUUUCUCAUUUUGAAUUUUUAUAUGAUAGAGCACCUGCUCUGGUACAUCUGAGAAUCCUUGGUUGUUUGUGCUAUGCUAAGAAAGUUCAUGAAGUGGACAAACUUCUUCCCAGGGCUAAGCCUGUUGUUCUCAUGGGUUUUUAUGAUACUCAGAAGGGUUAUAUUUUAUUGGAUCUUUCUUCUCACUGCUUUUUCAUCAACAGGGAUGUCUCCUUCAGGGAUGACAUCUUUCCUUUCAAAGAUAUUUCAGCACCAACACAUCCUAUUUACUUGCCUCCUGGGUCUUCCUCUUAUAGUGAAGAGCAGUUUCCAUCCUCUUCUACUCCUACUAGCACCAUGCAUUAG